AUGAAAAUAGCUUGGCUAUUGUUUACGGCAGCGACAUUUGUGGAGGGUGUUUCUCGACAUAAAAGAGACCCUGUUUGGACCGUGAAUCCCGGCCAGGUCCCGGACUACGUCCUGCGUCACUGUCCAGGAGUGCAUCUUUAUUCGGAGGAAAAGUAUCUCCCUGGUGAUCCAGCAGACUAUGUGACCAAUUUCAAAAUUGACACGGCUUCUGGCAAGACGGUAUUGAAUGGCAGCGAGUCUGAUCCGGUCACUUUGGCUCGCCUCGGUCAAUAUUCGUUUGAGAAGCACUCUUCAAGGACAUUUAUGACUUCAUUAACGGAUUUCAACGCAGAUCCGGACUGGAUCACAGGAGAAGGAAACAUCCCCCAUCUUGUUUCGGGCAAGAUUGAUCAUGCCAAGUCUGUAUUGAUCGUGGUUGACAAAGGUGAUGGACUUGUGGAUGCCUUCUGGUUCUACUUUUACCCCUUCAACCUAGGACCUUUUGUCAUGGGUGGCGGGCCUUAUGGCAACCAUGUGGGCGAUUGGGAGCACUCUCUGGUGCGUUUCCAGGAUGGCGUUCCGCAGAUUUUGUGGAUGAGUGCCCAUGGUGGCGGAAACGCCUAUUACUAUAAUGCUGCCGAAAAAAUGGACAACGAUCCUGAAAGAAGGGUCUUAUUUUCUGCUCGAGGCACUCAUGCUAACUACGGAUCUGUAGGCCAGCAUUCUCACGAUCUACCCUUUUACAUGCUUUCGGACUUUACUGAUCGGGGAGCUCUGUGGGACCCUGUUCAGAACUACUACGGAUACACUCUGACGCACCGAGAACGGGGCAGAACCGGAGCCGAUCGCAUCUGGUUUGACGGCCGAGUGCUCACAUCGGACGGCCAGUCUCCACACCCGUCGUGGCUGAACUACCUUGGCCGAUGGGGCGAUCGGCAGCUUCCAAACUCGGAUCCUCGACAAAAGUGGCACCCGUUCAACUGGCGAUACAUUGAUGGCCCACGUGGCCCCAUGGCCAAAAACCUGCUGCGCCACACAGUCUGCGAGCGCAACAAGUGGUGGAAUUUGUUUCGAACGUGCCGUAUCCGACGCCGGGUCGAGACAGCAGAAGGCAUAGAAGCCGAGGGAUACGGGUGCGUGGGCCUCAUGGACUGGCUUCCGUGGUGGAUCGGCUGGAUUCCGUGGACUGUCACUUGGCGAGGAUACGGCUGCUGGGCCAUUGACCGUCUUUGGGGUUGA